CUGAGUUGUUAAAGUUUUCAAAGCGGUGGCAGCCGCGCACUUGGGGAAGGGAAGCCAGCUGCAGCGCGCGCAGCCGAGCGGAGGACAGGCUGAGCUGAGCUGAACUCCGCGGAGGUUAGAGGCACAAGGCAGGAAUUCUGACGCUCUCCAAGAGACCCUGCUCUGCCGGCUUGGCUCAGCUGCCCCUGCGAUGUGGACCCUGCUCCUCCAGGUCGGGGCUGGAGUUUUAAAAUAAAAUGGAUGAUUUGACGUUACUUGAUCUUCUGGAGUGCCCUGUGUGUUUUGAAAAGCUCGACGUCACAGCCAAAGUCCUUCCUUGCCAGCACACCUUCUGCAAACCAUGUCUACAGAGGAUUUUCAAGGCCCAUAAGGAGCUGAGGUGUCCAGAAUGCAGGACCCUGGUGUUUUGCAGCAUCGAGGCGCUGCCGGCCAACCUGCUGCUGGUGCGUCUUCUGGAUGGCGUGCGCUCAGGGCAGAGCUCCGGGAGAGGGGGCUCCUUCCGCAGGCUGGGCGUACUAACCUCACAGGACGGCAGAAAAAGCAGGACCAGCCCCAGAAGUCUGCAGGCCAGCCCUUUCCGGCCUGUGCCCAAUAUCAGAAUACACAUGGAUGGGGUGCCUCGAGCCAAGGCCUUAUGCAACUACAGAGGGCACAAUCCUGGUGACCUGAGGUUCAAUAAGGGAGAUGUCAUCCUCCUUCGGAGACAGCUUGAUGAGAAUUGGUACCAGGGGGAGAUCAAUGGCAUCAGCGGGAUCUUCCCAGCCAGCUCCGUGGAAGUCAUCAAGCAGCUGCCCCUGCCGCCCCCGCUCUGCAGGGCCCUCUACAACUUUGACCUACGAGACAAGGAUAAAAGUGAGAACCAGGAUUGCCUGACCUUCCUCAAGGACGAUGUCAUCACUGUGAUCAGCCGAGUGGAUGAGAACUGGGCAGAAGGCAAGUUAGGAGACAAAGUAGGCAUCUUUCCCAUCUUGUUUGUAGAGCCAAACUUCACCGCAAGACAGCUGCUAGAGAAGAACAAAGGGCAUCAGUCAUCCCGCACAAAAAACCUGUCCCUGGUGUCCUCAUCGUCCAGAGGCAAAGCAGCCAACACACCCACCCUCCAUAGGGGCCCAGGAUCCAGGAGGAAGGCACCAGGACAGUUCUCCAUCACAACAGCCCUGAACACUCUCAACCGGAUGGUCCAUUCUCCUUCAGGGCGCCAGAUGGUGGAGAUCAGCACUCCAGUACUUAUCAGCUCCAGCAACCCCUCUGUGAUCACCCAGCACAUGGAGAAGGCAGACUUCCCUCCCAGUCCUGCAGGACAGGUCAGCACUUACCAUCCUGCACCUGCCUCCUCAGGACAUUCCGUGGCCACAGUCAGUCUGCCCGGCUCUCAGCAACAACUCUCUACUAACAUGUUUGUAGCCCUGCACUCCUACUCAGCCCACGGACCCGAUGAGCUGGACCUGCAGAAGGGAGAAGGCGUCAGGGUCCUGGGGAAGCACCAGGAUGGCUGGCUGAGGGGCAUCUCCUUGGUCACUGGGCGAGUCGGCAUCUUCCCAAACAACUAUGUCAUCCCCAUUUUCAGGAAGACCUCUAGUUUUCCAGAUUCCCGGAGCCCUGGUCUUUAUGCCACAUGGACGUUAUCCACCUCCUCUGUGUCGUCCCAAGGAAGCAUUUCAGAAGGUGAUCCCCAGCAAAGCCGUCCCUUCAAAUCCGUCUUUGUGCCCACCGCGGUAGUCAACCCUGUGAAGAGCGCAGCCGGGAAUUUAGGACAAGGAUCUCUUCGGAAAGGGCGGAACAGCAUGAGAAAAAAUGGAUCCCUGCAGAGAUCGGCGCAGUCAGGGAUCCCCUCCUUUGUGGUGGGCUCCCUCCGACGCAGUCCCACCAUGGUGGUACAGCCUCAACAGUUCCAGUUCUACCAGUCUCAGGGGAUCCCCUCCUCCCCAUCAGCGCUGCUGGUAGAGAUGGGACCCACAUCUACUCCCACUGGGGAGCCUGCCCUCACCUGCGUCAGCAGAGGCAGCGAUGCCAGGAUCCCCUCGACAGCCAGUUCAGUCAUCAUGGAAGGCAAGGAAAUCCCCACCAAGAGUGAGGCUCCACCAAAACCGCCCGCAUCUGCCCCACCGUCUAUCCUGGUGAAACCAGAAAACUCAAGAAAUGGCAUGGAAAAGCAAGUCAAAACCGUGAGAUUUCAGAAUUACAGCCCUCCUCCCACCAAACACUAUACUUCCCAUCCCACCUCUGGAAAGCCUGAACAGCCAGUCACCUUCAAGGGGUCCCUGCCUGAAGCAGCUCCUUUGAGCUCAGAGAUGACCAUCCUGUUUGCCCACCGAAGUGGUUGCCACUCUGGACAGCAGACAGACCUCCGGAGAAAGUCACCUUUCAGCAAGGCCAUGCCCCCAGCACCCACUGCCUCAGCCACGCAGACCAUGUUCCCCAGCAAAUGAAUCUACCAGUGGCUUUUCCUAGACCCCAAAGAGGUGAAAUGCAUUUAAAUACAGUCUGCCUCCAUUGAGGGAGUCCUACCAUUCUUUGGCAACUGGAGCACAGGUUCUGGUUCUGCCCAUUUGACCUGUAGGAGAGGGAAAGUGGGAGUAGGAAUUCCUGCCCCAGGUUGGGUGGUCUUCCAAUUAAUGAUUCGCUGCAUCAAGGCCAUCCACACUGUUCAGACCAAGAAGUGGGAGAGUGUCUUGCUACUCUGUCCUCCAGCAUGCAGUGUUUAUGUUCUGUGUAGAAUUUCUGAGGUGUCCAAAAGGGGCUUCAACCAAAAGCAUGGCAGCGGUGGGAUUGUUGGCAUUGCUUCUUUGACCUUAACACCAUUUUCUCUUACAGCAUAUUAGAACAGCUUCUGCCAUCUAAUACAGGCCAUACACUGCCAUUAGUAGCUGCCAUGUCUUUUCCCUCCAAAAGACUCAUAAUUCUGGCUGCAAAGGGGGAAGUUCUGGGAGGGAUAUGAGAUGGAUACUUUGAACAUUCUGAAAACUCACUAAAACCAAAGAGAAUCAGCUUCCUGAGUUUGCUCCAAACAGGAAGGUCAGAGAGAAAUCUACCAAAUAUCAAAAGAUUGUCAUAUUUUCAACUUUUCAACCUGCUUCCCCAUGUGUGAUUCUAUACAAAGUUCUGUGGUAAGGAUGGUGCAACAGAUAGGGUCAUGCAUGGUAUUAUGGACAAUUCACUCAUCUUUCCCCAAGAAAAUACCGUGUGCUUUAAGGUCGGGACCCUUGUCCUUCAAGGGUCGGGGAGCGGGGCAGGGGUGGAAUUUAGAUAGGUACUCUGCAUUGUGACACUUUUGCUUUCCCUGUACCUGCUCAUUUGGGGCAGACUGGUUGUUUCCACCAUAAGACAAUAAUGUCAACAACAAUAUGCCAGUACAAGGUUGGAGAGGGGAUACUUCCUAGAGGAAACUGCUAGAAAAGGGAUGGAACAAAGAAGAUUGGAAAGGAAAAGGGAAUAAAGGAGGAAGAAAAGGAGGGAAGUUGAAAAUGUAUGGAAGAGAGAAGAGGAAAAGGAUGAGAAUGAAGAGAAAGAUGAAUCAGAGAGGAUAAAAGAGGCAUGGAGGGAGGUAACCUUGACAUUCCUGAUAGGAAAGGAAGAAGGGACAGAGUCUGCAAUGGAGAAGGGACAAACUAGGCAACCUCAUGAAGGUGGCAUUGAAAUGAGCAGGGACCGGCCAUGCAGAGCACUAUAAACAGGGGUGAGGAGGCAUCCCAGGGAGCCAAGGCCAUGCUGUAAGACAACCCAUUAAUUCUCAUUAAACUUAAUUGUUGUGAUUUAACCUGUA